AAAUGACUAUCAAGGAGCGAAGCCAGCAAGGAUCUGUUCGAGAGAAAAAAAAAAAGAGGCUUCCGACAUUUUGUUAGCGAGCGGCUCACUCUACUUUUGUCUCCCCCAAAAAGCCGUUAGGGUUUAUCAUAUUCACCGCCUUGCUUUGCUCUCGCCGGAGUCGUACGGCGAAGCACGGUUGUUCGGCGUUGUAUCAGCUUAGAUUCUUCUCCACAUAGCUAGAAUUCGCGAAAGGGUGACUUAGCUGAAUAGAAAAUUGUCCUAAUUUUCGAGAUAUGGCGGAAGUAUCGAUGGGAAGCAGCAGUAGCAGCACGGAUCUGUCUCCCGAGGAAGAGCGAGUUUUCAUCAGAGACAUUGCUAUUGCUGCUGAGGCUAACAGCAAAGAAGGCGAUACAUUUUAUCUCAUCACUCAGAGAUGGUGGCAAGAAUGGAUUGAGUAUGUGAAUCAAGACCAACCAUGUAACACAAAUGAUGGGUCUUCACUGUCAGAGCAUUGCGACUCUCCUGGUUCAAGCACUCUAAAGAAGCCUUCUAGGAUUGAUAACUCUGAUUUGAUCUAUGAUUCUUCACUGGAGGACCCGAGUAAUACCAGUGAGAUUAUUGAAACACUUCAGGAAGGUCGUGACUAUGUUUUGCUCCCUCAAGAAGUGUGGAACCAAUUGCGUUCAUGGUACGGGGGUGGUCCAACUCUAGCACGGAGAGUCAUUAGCUCAGGUCUCUCUCAAACAGAGUUGGCUGUAGAGGUUUACCCUUUACGUCUUCAGCUACUUCUGAUGCCAAAAAGUGACCAUAGUUCCAUAAGAAUUAGCAAAAAGGAAACUAUCAGAGAGCUCCAUCGAAGAGCCUGUGAAAUUUUUGACCUCAACUCAGAGCAUGUACGCAUUUGGGAUUACUACGGCCACCAAAAGUAUUCUUUGAUGAAUGACUUAGAUAAGACACUGGACGAUGCUAACCUACAAAUGGAUCAGGAUAUUUUGGUGGAGGUGCUUGACAUCAAUGGUACAUUAUCAAGUGCUCACAUUCAAUCUGCUCAAGAGAACGGAUUGGUGGAUGAAGACUCUACUUCUAUUCUCAUUGAGCCUUCUAAAUCGAGCUUGGCUGCUGCAGGAGGGUUCUCUUCAAGCAGGAAUGCAUUCAGAACUGGUAGUGUAGAAGUUUCACAAUCUUUUGAUAGCACAUACAGUAGCUCUGGCGUCACCACAAGGGGAUCCACAGCUGGCUUAACAGGGCUGCUAAAUCUCGGGAAUACUUGUUUCAUGAAUAGUGCGAUUCAGUGUCUGGUUCAUACACCUGAGUUUGCUAGUUACUUUCAAGAAGAUUAUCAUCAAGAAAUAAAUUGGCAAAACCCUCUUGGCAUGGUGGGAGAAUUAGCUCUCGCAUUUGGUGACUUGCUCAGGAAGUUAUGGGCUCCUGGGCGCACACCAAUUGCACCUCGUCCAUUCAAAGCUAAACUUGCUCGCUUUGCUCCUCAAUUUAGUGGGUACAAUCAACAUGAUUCGCAGGAGCUUUUAGCGUUUCUGCUUGAUGGUCUUCACGAGGACCUAAAUCGUGUUAAACACAAACCAUAUAUAAAUUCUCGAGACGCAGAUGGGCGCCCUGAUGAAGAAGUUGCUGAUGAGUUUUGGGCUAAUCAUAUUGCUCGUAAUGACUCAAUAAUUGUUGAUGUUUGUCAGGGCCAAUAUAAGUCAACAUUGGUGUGUCCAAUCUGCAACAAGGUUUCUGUAACAUUUGAUCCCUUCAUGUACCUGUCUUUGCCGCUUCAGUUCAACACAACACGAGCAAUAACAGUCACAGUUUUUUCUUGUGAUAAAACUGCCUUACCUUCCACUAUCACAGUCAAUGUUUCAAAGCAGGGACGUUGCAGAGACUUGAUUCAGGCAUUAACAAGUGCUUGUUCCUUGAAGCAAAGUGAAGAGCUGAAACUUGCAGAGAUUCGAAAUAAUUUUAUCCAUCGAUUAUUUGAAGACCCUUUAAUUCCAUUGUCCACUAUCAAAGACGAUGAUCACCUUGCUGCAUACAAACUUUCGAAGUCUUCGGAGAAUACGACUUUGCUUAGACUAGUACUCCGCCGCAGAGAUCAGAAAGCUGGGGAACGUGAAAGUACAGUACAAUUGAAACCCUGUGGAACACCCCUUCUCUCAUCAGCUUCACGUGGAGAUGCACUCACCAAAGGAAAAAUCCAUUGCCUCGUCCAGAAUAUGCUUUCACCUUUUCGGAGGGAAGAAUCUGUGGGCAAAAGAGGAAAUUCUGAUUCUAGUAUCCCCGAGAGAAGGUCAGCUCGAUUUAAUAAUUCUGAGGAAGAAGAUAAAGUUGGUGGACUGAAAAAAGCCAAGAAAAGCAACUCCUCCGAAUUGGGUGCUUCUAAAUUAUCCCUGCAACUCAUUGAUGAAAACAAUAAAACGAUUAAUCUGCCAGACGAUGAAGCAGAAGCUAUUAAAUUACCGUCAUCAGCUACAGUAACUAUUUAUUUGGAUUGGACACCAGAACUCUCUGGUAUGUAUGAUAUAACUUGCCUGGAGAGUUUGCCUGAAGUUCUCAAAUACGGACCUGCUACCAAGAAGGCUCGUUCAGAACCUCUUUCUUUAUAUGCCUGUUUGGAAGCGUUUCUACGCGAAGAGCCUUUGGUGCCUGACGAAAUGUGGUUCUGUCCACAGUGCAAUGAAAGAAGGCAGGCAAGCAAAAAGCUUGAUCUGUGGAGGCUUCCUGAAGUCUUAGUCAUACAUCUAAAGAGAUUCUCAUACAGCAGAUCCAUGAAGCAUAAAUUGGAAACAUUUGUUAACUUUCCUGUCCAUGACUUAGAUCUAACAAAGUAUGUAGCCAACAAAAACCUAUCUCAACCACAGCUAUAUGAGCUCUAUGCCUUGACCAACCAUUAUGGUGGUAUGGGCAGCGGACACUACACUGCACAUAUCAAGCUUUUGGACGACAAUAGGUGGUAUAACUUUGAUGACAGUCAUAUAUCACAUAUAAACGAGGAUGAUGUGAAGUCAGGUGCUGCUUAUGUGCUCUUCUACAGGAGGAAGUCUGAUGCAGGCGGAGAAAUGAAAUAGUCUAACACAAAAAGACGAUCUCCGAGGUUCAAGUAAUCUCUAAGCACCUGAUGGAGGCUAUUUCGAACCCAUAAGAGUUUAAAAUUAGGUUAAGAGCUCUUGUAAAUUAGUGGAAGUUGGGUUCUGAAUACUUUAAUUAGCAGGGAUGUAUCUUGUCUCGUUCUCUCAGUUUUCCACUGUAUAGAGAUGUAUUUGGUAUAAAACAUCAAUAGUACU